GUAUAGCGAUCCCGUUUCUGUGGUCACCGUUUCGAAUUGCCUUCGUUCACCUUCCACAACCACACUAGUGGUGAUCAAGUACCCAUCGUCGAUUUUUGGGCUUCCAAAUAUGUAUCCAGUGAUCGUUCCGUUGUCAUUGAAAACACAACCUGUCAGUGUGGGAGUUCCAAUCGGUGGCAUCUUGUCAGGGGAUGGCGGGGGCAAUGGCAGAGGCACAGAAUCGAGACUAUUUGGUGAUUCAGAAUUCCGUUUACCACCAAACAAAUCAAAGAGGGAAAAUGUAGAUCUUGAUCGUCGCGGACCGCGUCCCUCCCCGUCUUCUACUCCGCCUAAUUUCGUGAGAGUGAAGGUACCACCUUGCUUAGAACGCUCGGUUUCAACUUCGUCCCGGAAGGUAAGAAGCGUAUCGAAGGCAUUCUCGGGAGGGUCACCACUCAAGAAAUAGCGGCUCCCAGACUGGGUAUAUACCACCGAGUUAUUGUCGAUCUCUCCGUUUACUAUGGGAGAAGUUUCGAUGUAAUCACCAUCUUCGGCAUCUGGUGAGCCAUAGAUCAAUCCUACAAUUCCACCCCCAUUGUCAAAUUGCCAGCAUUUCACUGUCGGUAUGCCUUUAGGGGCCGUCAUUGUGUUGUCAUUCUGUGAUGUUGCAGGUUUCAAUCUCGAUGCAUCAUCUCUAUUAUAUUGGUAAUCUCCGACUGAUUCUCGUACCGCCUGCUCUUCCAAGAAAUAUCUUUGGCACAGUACACAAAAAACAUUGCACGAAAUGAAAGAGAGAGUUGACAGGAAGAGAAUCAAUUUUAGUCAGCCAAAAAAUUCAACAUACGGAAAUUUCUUUGAUUUAUGARCAGCAACACAAAUAGAAUCGAAUUCUGACUUACUGGGAACCUGAUUCUGUUGUGACUAAUGUCCCCUCACGAGCUCGAUUGGUGACCGACGAAGUUGAUAUGGUUGCUCCGUCACUAAAAUAAAUUGAUUUUUUCACGUUACCUGUGAUGCAACCAACCUCGUCUUGUAUCCAAUUGUACAAUAUUGGUAUUCCAUCGGGAGCUCUACUUCGUCGCUCUUCCCAAAAAUCCUCGUCGGAUUUGUCGUCACUGCCAUCCAUUGCUUUAUCAUCACGUCCUUCCGACCCUUUCCCGGAGAGACUCCCAACCUGAAUAGUUGGUCUCUUUCUAGGAACAUCAAACCCUAGGCUGUUUUUAUUUGGGUUUUCAGGUUCAUUGCUUUCUUUGCUUUCAAAGGAUAGGUCUUCAUAUCGAUUUUGUUGUUCCUGCUCCAUAUAUUGCUCUUUCUUUCUCUGCUGCUCUUGUUGACGAUACACGGCCGAAACCUUUGCCGCCGAAACAGAACGUCUUUCCGCUUGAGCCUUUCGCAGCAUGGCCGCUUCUCGUGAUUUCUGCAAAGCCUCUUGGGCUUGACGCAGAAUUUCUUCUUCCUCUGAAUACUGUUGGAAUGCCUGUUGGUGUUCUACGAUGAAAUAUUCUUCAUUCAAACGUGCUCGUAUUCGUUCCAGAGCUUCUUCAAGCAAUCGUCGCUGUAGCCUUUCCGAUGUAUUUGCACCCUGUGCCGAAUUAUAUCCGUGCUCCCCCCAAGAUUGAAAUUCAACAUUACCCUCGUYACCAAGAAGUUCAUCCGGUGGAGCGAUCGAUGGUGGAAAAGGUUUGAAAAUUGACUCCUCCUCUUUUCCUUCUUCCAGGAGGGCAGCACCCUUUGCUUCCAAGAAUUUGACCAAGGCAAUUUCUACAUUUUCCAUUCUGGCCACGAUUUCAGGUGUAAUUUCUUCCAUUUCUAAUUCUUCCACCAUUGUCAACAAAAAAGCGGGAUCAUUUGAACUUUCGACCAUAUUCAAACGGGAUGUUGUCCUUCGCUUUGUCCUGGACUGAUCGAGUUCGGGAAUUUUCAUACCUUUGGGUUCUAAGACUGAUAUUAUUCGAUCAUUGWGAAAAUAUAAUGUUGCUGGUUUAUUGUUACCACUAGAUAUCGAUUCGCUGGUGAACCCUUCGAGUACCGCCAGCGACGAAGAUCCCCAUAUCACUAGGAAGCUCCGAAGAAUUAAGGCCAAAAUCGCUCCAGGGGGAAACAACAACCUCAUCGUCUAUUCUCAAACACCAAUUACUCUCGCACAAGUAGGAGCCAGCGUGAUAGAUUUGUGUCUCURUUCGAAUGCUGAUCUCCUCUUUAAUGUCAAGAAAUUGAAAAUGCUCCUUUUGAGCUGAUGGCAAAUGCCAGACUGCUUUUACUAGUAGUGUUUGAAAGCUUUUGCGAUGUUUAGUAUUAGUAUCCCCCGUGCGAAAGGAAGUGAUUUUACCGUAGGAGAAAGAUACCGUAGGAGAAAGAUUAUUCUUCGAGGCAGCAGGGUUUUUUAUCUGUCAAUCGCAAAUAGUAUUUAAAAAUUWAGUUCUUUUUCAGUCAUGCGUGUCGAUUCUUCAACCAAUUAUGAACAGCGUCAAAAAUAUAAUAUAACCCGAUCCCUAGCGAAGGUAAGAUUCUUCGCAGAACACAUCAUCGCAGCGAGGGCUUCAAAAUUCACAUCAUCCAUUCAUCUCCAAAAAUCACACGUUUUUCCAAACAUCAUACUUUGAACACUCAAAAUCCAACGAUCAAUCAGAUCAUCGGAAGAAGAAUUCUUUCUUGCUUGGGAUGGGUUGACGUAUACGGAAACAUCACUUGCUAUUACUCAGCCGGAAAAUCCAAUACAGYAAUACGACAUAAAUUGCGUGAUUUCAUUCUUUCUGGUGCUCAACUACAGUACUCSUACCCACCAGACACUUUCACGAGGCGAAGAAAGCCACCAAAGCAUUUCCUACUAUUGUUGAAAAUUUUCCACAUUAGAAUCAUAAUGGCGUGCUUUAGCUUUCGAGGAGGACRAGGAGGUAGCGACAACGCUAUCAUGAUGCUAUCGCUUUUUACUUUUCUUGGUUAUUUGAUGAUACUUUCCGCCCCCGUGACAGCAUUUGUUCCUGCAAAGAAAGAUCUGAAUGUUGGAUCCCAUACACGUAAUACAUUUUCAGCGGCGCCAUUGUUCCCGCAYGCGGUUCCGACGACGAGAGGUCAGCCGCUUCAUGCCGAACAAGGAGAAGGAAAGACAAUGCCGGCAGGUAUGAGACCCGACACCCAAAUUGCAUUUGGAACCGAAGAGGAUGACGACGACGAUAUUGACGAUGAAGAAAGCAACUAUCAGAAAAAACGCGAUGAGAUCGUGAAGAAAGCGUUAGAGGAACAGGACAAAGAAUUCAAGGAGGAACGAAGAAGAAAGGUCUGGGGAGAAUUUGCUGAUGCGAAAACGGCUGAAGAUAUUGAAAGGGUCAAGCAAGAUUUGAAGGAGAAAAUCGAAAAGGAAAAUAUAUACAAAGCGACUCUAGCCAAAGAGCAAGGUGUCGACAUGGAGGUUUUGGAGGCAACCCAAGGGGACGAGGGCUUUUUCGAUGCKUCAAGCAGCGACAUWAGUAUUGCAGGUUUUGGGGGAGGUAAAAAUUGGUACGACAAUCUUGACGAGGACUUGAAACAAGAAUGGGCAGCCAUGGGUGGUAAUGAUKAUGGCAACAGCAAGGAUGAUGAUGAUGAUGYCGAAGAGCAAGACRAAGCAUCCUCUGCAAUUGACGACACUGUUGCAAUCGAUGGAAAAAUCGUGUCGCGUGAUCGCCUGAAGGGGGUCCGAGUUGGAAGUGCUGGAGGAUGGUCACUCGAAGUCUUUCCCGGUGACUUUGUCGUUCAUCGAAAAUAUGGUAUCGGAAGAUUCGAAAAAACUACAACAACUCCACGCUUGAAGUUGACACGGGAUGAAGUGAAAGCACGAGAUGCUAGAAGAAAGGAAAUAAUAACGGAGAAAUUGAGAUCGACGAAAGGUGGAGUUCCUCAGGAGAUGAUUCAAGAAAUACAAGCCACAUUUGGAACUGAGGAGGACAAAGACCCAAUUUCCAAUCCACAAGUCACGGUCCUCGAAAUCACCUACGCGGAUGGCAUUGUUCAUGUUCCUGUGGACAGGGCAUAUAGAUUGAGUCGUUAUCGAGCGGGUGAUGCAGCAGUGAAACCUAGGCUUUCCAAAGUCAGAGGUGAUCAAUGGAGAAAUGCYAGGAGAAAGGUGGAAGCAUCAACUAUGGAGUUGGCCCAAGAUGUUUUGGCGUUAUACGCUACCCGCGAGACGCUGCAACGUCAACCUUUCGAUCCUGAUAAAGAGACUAGGGUGAAAGACUUUGAAAAGACAUUCAAAUUUGAACCUACCAAGGAUCAAGCGAAAUGUUUCGAAGAAGUAGAAAAUGAUAUGGUGUGGAGAUCUCGACCCAUGGAUCGUCUUAUUUGUGGAGAUGUGGGGUAAGUUGAAGAAAGUUUGUCUUUGGCAUUCUAAAAUUAACCAUGUAUACAAUCUACCGUGCAUUGAACGCAACUAAUUUUGUUUGAUUGUUUCACUGUACGUAACAAGAUUUGGAAAGACAGAGGUCGCACUACGUGCUCUAUUUCGUGCUGUCGCCAAUGGCCGCCAAGCCGCCAUGCUUGCCCCUACAGGCGUUUUGGCUUCGCAGCAUUACAAGAACAUAUUGAAKCGUUGUGGAGAAGAUUCCGAGUUUAAUCUCAACAUCGCACUGGUGCGAGGUGGAAUGGCCCCGAAAUCUAAAGCAGGGAAAGAAAUGAGAGAGAAAAUUCAAAAUGGCGAGUAUGACAUUAUUGUAGGAACCCAUGCUCUUCUCUCUAACUCAAUGAAGUUCAAAGAUUUGGGACUUCUCGUAGUCGACGAAGAACAGAGAUUUGGUGUGAAACAAAAGGAGCGMUUGAAACUAAUUUGCGACGGUAUUGACGUCCUUACCCUGAGCGCAACUCCGAUCCCCAGGACGCUUCAAAUGUCUCUUAGCGGUAUUCGAGAUACUUCAACUAUUCGAUCGCCACCACCAAUGAGGAAGUCAACCAAAACUUUCGUUCAAAGUUUUAAUAAGGAUAUUGUAAAACAUGCGAUUGCGCAAGAACUCGAACGCAAUGGUCAGAUCUUUUACGUAGUACCACGCAUUGCGCUGCUGGACGAAGCUGAGGAAACUAUUAGGGAGUGCUUCCCAGAUAUCAAAGUAAUUCAAGCUCACGGUAGAAUGGGUCGAAAUACAGCCGAAGAGAAUGUCAGUAAMUUCGCCGAAGGAGGUAUUGACAUCUUACUUGCCACUACCGUUAUUGAGAAUGGAGUUGAUAUACCUUCUGUGAAYACGAUYAUCAUCCAGGAYAGUCAAAACUUCGGUAUGUCAACUCUUUACCAGCUCCGCGGUCGUGUUGGACGUUCUGACAAACAAGGUUUCGCAUAUUUUCUCCAUAACGAAGAUGCGAUCACUGAACAAUCUGUGAUGAGGCUUCAAGCUAUUGGGGAGCUGAACGAGUUGGGAAGCGGAUUUGACGUCGCCAAUCGCGAUUUAGAAAUUCGUGGAGCAGGAUCCCUACUUGGUACRGAACAAAGUGGAGCAGCAGCCAGGGUUGGUUUCGACUUAUACAUGCGAAUGUUGAAAAAAUCGAUUCGCCAAUUGAGAGGACUUGACAUUCCUCAUGUACCUCGCACAAAUAUUCUUCUUCCAAAGGGUCAAGGAAGCAUGGAAGUGAGAAAGAAGAACAAAUCUGGCAAGAUUGUUUCGGUUCACGCAUUCCAAAUACCCGAGGAUUAUAUUCCUGAUGAAAAUGAAAGACAGAUCGCCGUAUCAGCAGUUCGAUUGGCCGAUAGUUCCACUACCUUAGUGGAACUCACCAAUAAGUGGAAAGAUGAAUAUGGUGCUCUCCCGGCUGUUCUCCAAAGAAAACUCAAAACGAUGCAUCUCCAUGCAUCCACACGUCGUCUCGGAAUCGAUGUGAUUGGUCUAGUAGAAAAUGAAGAUGGAGGAAUAGACUGUGUCAUGCGUUCUACUGGGUUGAGACCUAGGCAUUGGGGCAAGGUUUUGUCRUUGCUUCCAAAAGGCCGAUCUCCCAAGGGACUAGAUGUGAUCUUCCCAGCGCGCUUCACGCUKUCGGGAGAGGAGGAAGAACUUAUUGGUGGUAAAAGAGUUGAUCUGAAGCAACURUUGGAAGAUUCUAGUCUGGACGAAGACACCGACAAAUGGGAUGCUCUAGACGAAGAGGAAGUUGAGGCAAUGAAAGAGAUUGCUUCAGCAUAUACGAUUAAGCGUAUGGACGAAAUCGACAUCAAGCAGCAUCCUCGAUUUGUUAUCAGGGACUUUGGAACUGGGAAACAGGCUGUCGAUCGAUUGCUCAAGGUACUCUUACCGAUUGCSAGAACKGUYUAUACGCAACAAGAGGCAGAAAAGGAAAACGCUAAAAAUGCGGUGGAACUCCGCGACAAGAGAUUGCUACUGGAGCAACGCAAGAAAGAGAGCGAGRACCGCGAGAAUCAAAAGUUUUCCAUGAAUGGAAUGAUAUAGUUGGUUCACAUGGACCACAAUAAUUAGCUAGUCACAACUAAAUAUUAUAACGAAGC